AUGAGCUGCUGGCGUUCGGCCUCUGCCACCAGAUACCACCAAGAAGAGUGGGAACCACCCGCCUGGUCCGUCCAGAGCUGCGCCGCCAACUUGUUCUGGUUGGCGGUGCCGCGAGCAUUGCCCACUCCGUACUCCCACUACCUUGCAGAGAAGGGCUGCAAGGUACAAAUUCACUGGAUGCCUCGGUGCUCCACAUUGAGCGCGGCUAUCGCCGACUAUACCGCCGGGCUGUGGCGGCAAGAGACUACCAUCUACAGCCAAGAAGAUUGGCCUCCCGAACAGAGAGAUGGAAUUAUGAAGAAACUCCACCAGGAGGUCAGCAAUGCUGUCCAUAGAAGUUUCAGCGAACCCCCGGACGACCCUGAGGGUGAACGCCCUGCCAAAAGGCAGAAGACGGGAGCUUCGGACGGCGCUCUCAACUUUUCCAUCGAAUCCGACGGCAAGAUAGCGUUCGAUGCCCCGCAAGGCUUCCGUGUCCGACUUAACAUCAUCGAAAUCGGAAACGGGUGCAUCGAUCGCAUCCACCUACAUGCCGCCACCGACGAACCCCUUGAGCAGAAUCUCAUGAACGUUAUGGCCAAAUGCGCCAGCAAUCCUUCGACUUCUCAGCUCGCGAAAUUUGCUCUCAAGGAACACGCAUUCACAUUCACAACAAGCAUCAAGUCACCAAACGGAACAUUCAAGCGCAGCCCAGAACCAGAUCAAUUCAUCACCAGGGGUAUCAACCUUCAACUCCGGGAAACCGUUCAUCCUGAACCCAAAUCCUCCUUCGAGAACUCCAAACCAAAGAUCACAAGUGAAUCCCAGAAUAUCAUCAGCGCCUCCCAACGCGUCAUGACAUAA